CAUUUUCAGUGCCGACUUUCCAAGGGGUGUCGGAUUCUGCCGGGCAGUCAGGAUUUGGCACGGCACCGGAACUUCCGUGUAGCGCUCUAUGGCGGAUACGGCAAGAUUUUGUUGUACUAUGAGAAAAGAUGGACGGUGGUGCAUCAAGUCAUUUCUCAGCCAUGUUUCCAAACCUGGAGGCUAGUGGAAGAGGCAAAGCCCAGGAAGUAAGCCCAGGAUCAGUGGGGCUUCACAGCUUGGACACGGAGCUUCAGAAGAUGCUUAUCGAUGAACGGAUGCGCUGUGAGAACCACAAAACCAACUACCAGACGCUGAAAGCUGAGCACACAAGACUGCAGAGUGAGUUUACACAACUCCAGGGUGAGCUCAAAAGGAUGCUGAGUGAGAAGCAGGCUGGUCAGGAAAAACUGCAGCUGUUGCUGGCGGAUCUGAGAGGAGAGGUAUUGGAUAAAACCCGAGAGCUCGAGGAGCUCAGAUUACAGGUGAUGACCCCUCAGCGGUUGGAGUUAUUAAAAACCCAGGUGCAGCAGGAGAUGGAAGUUCCUAUCAUGGAACGCUUUAAUAAGCUAGAGGAAGAAGCUGAGAAAUACAGAUCUGAAUACAAUAAGCUGCGCUACGACUUCACCUUUCUCAAGUCAGAGUUUGAUCACCAGCGAGAGGAACAUGAGCGCAUUUUGGAGGAGCAGCAAAUCCGUCACAGUGCAGAUCUGGCUCUUCUGGAGAGAGAGAAGGAGAAGCUGAGUGCCCAGCUGCAGAGUGGAGACUGUGCGAGUGAUGGGAAGCGGGUUGAAGCGCUUUUAAGAGAAAAGGCUCAGCUGCAUCAGCGGCUCUGCAGCCUUGAGGCUGAGGUGGCUGAGCUCCGUGCACAGAGGGACAGCACAGGAGCACAGGCAGAAAAUACACAACGCAUCCAGCUCCGGCAGCUGGCUGAGUCCCAGGCUGCACUCAAGACCCUGGAGUCUGAGAAGCAGUCAGUGUGCAUGCAGUUAGAGAGAGUGGAGAAGGAGCUGCGCUUGAGCCAAGAGCAGAACGUUGUGCUCACUGGCAAACUGCACAAGGCUGAGAGGGAAAUAAAAGCUCUGAACAGUCAGGUCGAAGAAAUUAAACAUGCCUGUAAGUUGGAACUGGCUAAUGUGAAGAUGGAGUUUCUGAAAACCAGAGGAGAAGUGGAAAGGGAGCGAGACAAACUGCAAACCCAAGUAGAGAGUCUGCAGUCAGAUCUUGAAGUUUUGACUGCAGCAGAUGAGAGGAAUAAAAAGUUGCUGUCAGAAAAAGAGCAGGAAAUGGUGCUUAGAAUACAGGGAGCUAGAGAAGAGGAGAUGCAAAAAAUUGCUGUGCUUCAGGGAGAGAAGGUGGAACUGGAGAAUCGUCUCUCUGAGCUAGAGCAGCUGAGGGCUUUACAAGAAACAGCAGGAAACUCCAAAACCGAGGAAUUUGAGGAUCGACUCCGUGCUGCUUGGCUUGGGGAGGAAUCUGCACGCAAAGAGCUGCAAAAUAGCAAAGCUAAAAUGCAGCAGCAGGCACAGCAGCUAGAGGAGCUGGAGAGACAAAAGGCAGAGAACACAGAGUUGAGAAGACAUAAUGCAGAACUGAAUUUGCAAAUCAGCACUCUGUCAUAUUCAGAGCAUGAGCUAAUGGACACCAAUGGAAGGCUGAGGGAGAGUUUGGAGAGAGUGAGAGAAGAGUUACGAAGUGCUCGCACUCAAAUGGAGAAAAUGCAGCAUGAAGCUGAAAGCUGUCCUCUUAUCUGUUGCAGGCUGGAAGAACAGAGACGUGUGGAGUGGUUGGAGGAGAAACAUAAACUUCAGGAAAGAGAGGCAGAGCUGCAAGAGAAAUACAGCCAAGCCAAACAACGCAUGCAAAAAGCUGCACUUGUGCAAAAGAAGAGAAAAACCGUAACUGAAGCUAAAGAGAAGAAACUGCAGGAUAAAUUACAACUACUGGAAGCCAAGAUAGAAGAACUGGAAAUUGAGAGCUCUUUGGCCAAGAAAAAUUCCUCAUUUGCUGAGGAGCAAGCUCAACUUAUCAGACGUUUAACAGAGCUUCAGAGGAGGCACAAGGAAUUUCGUCAGCUGCUCUUGGGAAACCACAUGCCCUCUGUGUCUCUACCCCACUCAGUGCUACUCACAGGACCAGAAUGCAGCUUUAUAAACCUGCAGGAGGAGCAGCACCUACAGCAGUUAUCAGGGUUGCAGAGGAGACUGAAAGAGCUGGAGAACAAUCAGCAGCAACAGCUGCAGGAACUGACUCCUCCUCUGGAUUGGGACAGAGAAAAAGACAGACUUUUAGCACCUCAGGACAGCCUGACUAACCUCUGACCCUUCACCCUUUGGCCCUUUUGGGACUAGAGACAAUCAUAUUGUGCCAAGUUAAAUGUGGGUCUACAUGUUGUUUUGUGUUUGUUUUUUUAUGUGUUUUCUAAAUAGAGCUUCCAUAUUCCUGACCCUGGUACACCUUACUUUUGAAAUUUCAUGCAGUGCAAGAUGAAGGAUUAGUCUUGAGUUAAUGAAAAGGUUUAUUUUGUUUUUUUUUCAGUUAGGAGCUCAAAAAUAGCUUACACACAUUAAACCUGCACCCAUCUAAUUAUGAAUAAUAUCUCAUCAAACCAGGAGAUGAAUAAGAAAAAUACUAAGAAAAAUUUCAACUUGUUAGCAGCCAUUAACCUGCUUGAAUAAUUUUGUUUCGCCUCCCACUUCAUUCAAUACCCUGCAAGAUAACCUAAAGAAUUGUAAGGGUUGUGUAUGUUUAGGAAAUGAUAGUGUUUAUUGGUGCUACUCCACUUGUUUGAUAGACAUUAUAUGCAGUUAUAUAUAUGAACCAGACUGAAUGUAAAUAAAAAGUGCAUGCAAAAAGCAACGGGAAUUCACCAUGUUACAUUUUGAGUUAAUAUGCAGUCUAUUUUCUCGCAAAGUGGCAAUUUACCAGUGAUGGACCAUUGAUCAUUUAAAUGGAAAACAUAAGAACAGUUACCUUCGAUGGGCUACUUAAUCUGACUGAGAGGGUAAAGAUACAAUUAAAGUACAAGAUUAAACUACAAUUAGUACUUUUGCACAAGAUGCAACUCAAUGGUAAAGAACCUAAGUGACAAUAUUAUUGCAUAACCCACUGAAUUGCAAACGUGUCUGAAAUCAGAGAAAAGGUGAUCGAUUUUUUUUUUUAUUUUUAUCACAGAAAAAGUAGAAGGGUGAAUGUUUUGAGUGUGUAAUCCCUUGUCUUCCCCACCAGUCUGUGUGACUGGGAUUUUUUACAGAGACGCCUUGAAUGAUAAUGGUGAUGGUGGCACUCUGGGAUUUGCUUCAGGCUGGGAUGAGGGGUGGAGUCCUAGCCAUUGCUUCUUUAAUAAAGAAACCUUAGCAACAGAGGCUACACUAGUUGGAAACCAAAUUGAAGCAUUUGCAAAACAACUAUAUUGACACUGAAGAUAAUUAGGAGAAAGUGGAUAUGUCAAGAAAUAGGUGGAUACAACUGUGAAGAAAAAGAUUUACAACACAGUGUAAUAUGUAUAAGAAAUACAAGAAGCUGUUUUUAAAGCCUCUGAAUUCCUCUGAAAUAUUUUUGAAAAACUUUUUAUUGGUCAAUUAUGAUUAUUUUCCAGGUGCUCUGUGAUAGACAAAGCACACAAAUUUAAAUAACCAGUUAUGUAUAGGACUCAUUUAUUCCGAAAUGGAUGUCAGUGGAUAAGACAAACUGCUUAUCUCGUAUUCUAUGGAAUAGAACUAACUUUUAGUGAACAUUAACUUGAAUUUGCUGAUGGGAUACUGAUAUAUUUAUUAUAACCCACACAACCAUUAUCAAUGUUAUCAAUUAACCUUCGAGGUGAGCAUCCAGACACAAGAGAGGCUUAGUGACAGUGAGAAUAGUGUAGUGUCUGUAGGGGAAAGUCUGGAUGUUUUAAGCAGAGUUAGUUUACCCCAGCUGAAGUAUUAGGGCCCUCACAGCGAGGCAAAUGGGUGACGGUUCAGUGGCAUAAUCACGUGUUCACAUGUCUAACAGGUUUGCUGUCCUCACUGAAGCACCCAAAGAGAAACUUGAACGAGUUCUGUUUAUAGGAGACAGCA